AUGUCAUUCGUUGCUUCUCGCUCACAAAACAUUAAUGUUAAACCACAACAAGGUAACUCUUCAGGUCACCAACAGCAAUCCAAUACUACUGCAUUGUCCACUUCACCUCAAGGAGGAACCUCUCCAAGAAAAUCUGGAUGGAUUUCUGACCUCUUUAGAAAGGUAUUUUAUUCUGCCUCUGCAGGUCAACAAAUCACGUUUGAUGAGGAAGUAACAGGAGAUCGUGACAACACUCCAAUCGAUGUGAACAGUACGGCCUAUGACGAAAGAUUACUCACAUUCGAUGAGAGACAAGCCACUCAUUUCUUCUUGGAUAAGUUGAGAAAAUUGGAUGAGAAAAUUUCAAACAAGACUGGAAAUUCCACACUCAAGAAUCAAAUGUGGAAAUCCUUAUACAUUGAUGAAAACAAGAACAUAGAAGCACAAAACGCUGUUUGUAAAGAUAGAUUCAUGUAUAGACACUUUGGUAAGGCUAUGGAUAAUAUCAGUGUGAAACACAAAGACGAAAAGAAACCUCCUCUCAUGACUGUUAAGGUCAUUAUCUCAGAUACAACAAGCGAUUUCAGAAAUUCCAUCUUUGAUCUCUUCAGAUCCAAUGACAAUGAUAAUUUGUUCGGAACUUUCCACACAGGUCUAUUGAUUGGACCAUGGAGAUUUGACUUUUAUGAUCAUUCCAUUGUGAGAGUAAGAGGAGAUUACAGAAACUUUAGAAACGAGUAUGCUGUCUCAGUCAUUGAUUUUGGAAGCUAUCACAAGAUUGAUCAAAUUAAGACAGCUCUCGACACAAUUGCAUCUAGAAAUUACCAAGCUCUCACACCCUACGAAAGAUACAUGGAAGAUUUAAGAAAAGGCAUUAGUGAAAGAAGAUUCUAUUUAUCAAAGGCAAUUCUCGCCAAGAAGAAGGAAUAUCCAGAUAGCAAAUAUUGGGAUCAAGAAUAUGUCACUUUCCACACAAGAAAAGAAUUGAAUGAAUUCUGUCAUUGGCUUGACAGCAUGAAAUACUUUGAAUCGGAUGAUGCUUCAGCUAGUAUUGACAUUCGACUUUUGAAAUCAUUCGACCGAUCGUUCUGUUUGAGAAACAUGAACCGAGAAGAUGAUAGAGGAGAGGAAGACAAGGAUACUGUAUGGUUCUUCUCUGAAGAUGGAACUUAUUUGGCCAACUCGAUGAAUAAGCUAGUGUUUAACUUGCCUGCCUUAACAUUCCAACCUCCAUGUCGAGUGUAA